AUGUUCUUCUCCAAGAGCUUCAUUGCUACCGCUGCGCUCUGCUUGAGCCUUUCUCUCCAAGCCCAUGCGCAUGCCGCUAUUGCCCCUGCCCUCGACGUCAAAGGUACUCCCGUUCGCAACGAUGUGCAGCGUCCCUCCACCGCGAAACCUUGCGGUAACGCUGCCCUCACCGGGAUCGACACCUCUACUGCUGUGACGGCUGCUGCCAACGGCAGUUUCGCCGCCACCAUCACCAACUUCAAUGCUGGUGUCGAUGGCUCGCGUCAAGUGACCGCUACCAUCAACGCCGACGGCACGGGCAAGAACUUCGUCAACGCCGAGGUCCUUCAGAACGGAGACAAGAACCCCACCAGCACGGGCUCGCAGCAGCUCGUUGUCCAGAUCCCCGCGGGCACGACCUGCUCGGGCGGCGCGUCCAAGAGCAAGUGCCUCGUCUCCUUCACUACCGCUGGAGGCUUCGGCAACUGCGUCGUCGUCGACCAGGCCGCCGGCGCGGCCACCGGUGCAGGAAACAAUGCCGCUGGCACGGGCGCCGCCGCUGGCAACAGCACCGCGACGGACGCGGCCGCUACCUCUGUGGCCACCGACACCGCUGCUGCUAGCUCCGCCGCUGCGGCCUCAACCACUGACGCUGCUGCCACCUCGACCUCCACCACUACCACCACCACUGGCAAGAAGCACCACCACCACAAGGGCGCUGCGGGUGCUGCUGGCGCGAAAGGCGCUGCAGGUGCCGCCGGUGCCAAGGGAGCGCAGGCCAACAACGGUACUGCUGCUGCUCAGGCUGGCAACGGCACUGCCGCCGCUCAGGCCAACCAGGCGCAGACCAAGGCGCAGAAGAUCAAGCAGUUCGUCGACUCCCAGCGCAAGAUCAAGCCCGUCGGCACCCGCGCUGCUCGCAUUGCUCGUCGUGCUGCUGAGGGCCCCGCCGUCGAGGUCCUCGCGUAGAUGGUGUCUUUCAGGAACUUGGCCUAUACUGGUGGAUCGGCAUUGUGGGCGGUCGGGCGGUUGAUCUCGCUCGUGCUGCAAGACUACGGUUGUGUAUGAGUAUGUGUGUUGCAAAUGUCGAGUACCCAAUCCAUUACUUGGCAUUUCAUGCUUUGGCGUGCCACUUGCGUGAUGCGCAGC